GCAGGCGCACUGAGCUUUACCUAUUUUGUCACCCGGUUGUGAAGAUGGUGGCCGUGAAAAUGAGUUUUAGCAUGUUCUCUCUGGCUCUCUUAACUUUUCUUUUCGGCUCUUCCUCCGCCUUGUACUUCCAUAUCGGGGAGACGGAGAAGAAAUGCUUCAUUGAGGAAAUCCCAGACGAAACUAUGGUUAUAGGCAAUUACCGGACGCAGCUGUACGACAAGCAGAGAGAGGCGUACAUGCCUGCUACACAAGGCCUGGGGAUGUUUGUGGAAGUCAAAGACCCAGAUGAGAAGGUGAUCCUCUCCCGCCAGUAUGGGUCUGAGGGCAGAUUCACGUUUACCUCUCACACUCCCGGAGAGCACCAGAUCUGCCUGCACUCCAACUCCUCCAAGUUCGCGCUGUUCGCCGGGGGGAUGCUGGAGCGCUUCAGGCAGACCAGCGAAAGCACGAACCAGCGGGUCCUGUGGUGGUCCAUCAUCCAGACUUUGAUCCUGGUGGCCAUUGGCUUCUGGCAGAUGAGACACCUCAAGAGCUUCUUCGAGGCCAAGAAACUAGUCUAGAGCGCCCUUUAGUAGUGUAUUUAUGAAUUGUCAGGUUAUGCAGUACAAACAAUAAAAAAGGUGAUAUUGUUAUAUAUUUUUCCCCCAAA